UCAAUUUGAGUGUAGACACAGCAUUAAAAAGUCUCACACACAACCUGACCCUUACCAACCAGGCAUUCACACGGAGACUCCCAGUCUUUGGCCCAUGAACCACCGUUGUAUCCUCCAAACUUGCCUGAAACCCCCCGUUCUACAGCGUCAACAUACAAGAUGGACCAAGAAAGGCCGUCUGUCGCCAGCUCUUCUCUUCCCCAAACCACCCCAACCGAGACCUCUGACCAGGGAGGAAGUGGACCUCACUCUCAGAAGUCAGAUACAAAACCGUUUCAAAAAGGAAACAACCGAAACGGUCGAGGGGAUCGUCCAGGCAAGAAGCGUGAUAUGGGGAGGAAAGAAUGGGCUAAGACCAAAGUAGACAAGAGGCAGCGCAAUGACAUGGAACAAGCGUCUAAGAGGCAGAGAGUCGACAAGGGCGAGACUGAACUACCCAUCUAUGCGACAAAGUUUAGCGACGAUGUCCUGGCCAGCGAAGAACGCCGACCGAAGAAGAAAGUUGCUGUCAUGAUCGGAUACGCCGGGACAGGAUAUCGUGGCAUGCAAUUCACUCACGACCACAAAACCAUCGAAGGCGACCUGUUCAAAGCAUUUGUUGAGGCUGGUGCCAUUUCCAAGAACAAUGCCGACGACCCUAAGAAAUCUUCCUUCGUCCGAUGUGCCCGAACUGAUAAAGGCGUUCACGCUGCCGGCAACGUCAUCUCCCUCAAGCUCAUCGUCGAAGACGAAGACGUGGUCAAGAAGAUCAACGACGCUUUAGUUCCUCAAAUUCGAGUCUGGGGUUAUGAGAGAACCAACAAUAGCUUCAGUGCAUACCAAACCGUUGAUUCUCGAAUCUACGAAUAUCUUAUCCCCACGCAUAGCUUCUUACCUCCUCAUCCCAGCAGUUUCCUCGGCAAAAGACUCGAGGAGUGGGCAGAAAAGAAGAACGAUCUAGAGGCAUACCGAGAAAGACAGGCAGAGGUGCAAGGAUAUUGGGAGAAGGUCGAUCAGGAGAUUAUCAAGCCGAUCCUAGACGAGUAUGACGAGGAUAUCAGAGGCAUCUUAAAAAAGGCCCUGUAUUUGAAGGGCGAAGAAACAGACCAAGGCAAACCCAAUGGAGUCGAUGAAAAUGAAGCCGAAGAUGUCGUUGCCAAGGCGAACAAAGACCUGGGUCAAGAAUCCUCUCAACCUCAAUCGCAUGCCGGUCCAUCAAAUGCUGAAUCCGACACGAGCAAAGACCCCGAAUCCCACGCGCGAUCUCUUCUCAUCAGCGAAGCCAGCAAACGACUCCGGCAGGCGUAUAUCACCGCCAAACGAGCAUACCGCAUCCCGGAGCAACGACUAAACCGAAUCCAAGAAACCCUCAACCUCUUCCUCGGAACACGCAACUUCCACAAUUUCACCAUCCAGAAAUCAGCACGAGAUCCCUCUGCCAAACGAGUAAUCAAAUCCUUCAACCUCAACAAAACCCCCAUUCUCAUCAACGGCACCGAAUGGGUCAGCAUGAAAGUCCACGGGCAAUCAUUCAUGAUGCACCAGAUCCGCAAAAUGGUCGGCAUGGUCGCAUUGAUCGUACGAUGCGGAUGUGAUCCGAAACGCCUUACUGAAAGUCUUGGUCACGACACCCUAUCGAUUCCUAAAGCACCUAGUCUGGGUCUUCUUCUCGAACGACCCGUCUUUGAUAGCUACAAUAAACGUGCGCAGAACGAACUGAAUCGUGAUCCUAUUGGAUUCGACAAAUACAAGGAUGAAAUGGACAAGUUCAAACAGGAACAGAUCUACGAGCGCAUGUACCGUGACGAGGAGAAGGAGAAUGUGUUUGGGAAUUUCUUCAAUCAUGUGGACAAUUUCCCAUGUGAAACAUUCUUGUUUGUCACCAGUGGUGGGAUCGAGGCGACGAAAAUUCCCAUUAAACCUGGCUCGGGGCAGCAUGAUCCGAAGGAUGAUUUGGCCAGAGUGGAAAUUGAUGGUGAAGACAGUGAUGGUGAUGAGACAAAGGAUACGCAUGGUGAUGAAGGGUAGAGAUAUCUUUCCUUGUCCUUUUAGCCGGAAUAUACAGAAAUGAG